CAGAGGAACUUAUGUCUGAUGAUUGUGAAUACGAGCUGAAUGCGCUUUGUCAGAAACUGACGAAAGUUCUUACAGAUCAUGAGUGUUUAACAAAGACACGGUCUGUUUACAAGGCAUUUGGUCACAUAAUAAAGAAAGUGAAGAAUCUUGGAUAUGUUGCCUUUGACAGUUUUUUGACAGAUGUUAAGAUUGUAUUCUCAAACCUAAAGAGGCUGGACAACAGACCUGCUGGUGUGGAAGAUGUUGAACAGAAAUUUGCUGAGGAGCUCAACUCUUUGAUCAGUAUGGACUACUACAACUCGGGCAAUGAAUCAGAUACAUCAGCUUCUGACUCUGCUCACUUCAAAAAGAAGAAGAAAGUCAUCAAGCAGGAGAAAUCGCAUCGUUCUCCCAAGAAAAAGAAAUUGUCCAAAACUCCGGUAAAAUCCGUUGAGAAGACACCGGCUAAAGCUGAAAAGAUAAAAAUAAAGUUGAAGCUAACUCCAAACAAAAUGGAAGCUAUGAGUAUGACCAACUUUGACUUCGAUGCUAAUUGCAGCAGAGUGCAGAGCUUGUGUACAGCACUCUUAAAAGCUGCUAAUGUAAGAGCCGGAGUUCAGAAGGCAUUCACACAUCUACCUGACAGAAACAUCCUUCCUGAUUACUACGAUAUAAUACAGCUCCCAAUAAGUCUAUCAAUGAUAAAGGAAUCCAUCACAAAAGGACUCUACACGUCCCUUUACCACUGCUACACAGACCUCCUCAUUAUGUGUGUAAACGCCAAAACCUACAACGAACCCCACACCGAGUUUCACGACAUGAGCCUGGAGAUCGUGACCUCCAUCAAGAAGCACAUGACGUCCACCAAGAUGGCGGAUAAGAGUUUGAGAACAGCCAUUAACCCCCAGUAUGAGUUUAUUGAUUACAGGCCAGAUGGAAAGAAGACUAAGUUUAAUAAGGAUAUGUUUGUGGACUUUUGGAACAUGUUUUGUCAGGCAGUGUCGAGAUGUAACAAGAGUGGACGACCCAUCACCUCAGCAUUCCUCAGACUAAUUGACGAGGAUGUCCUGCCUUUGUACUACGAAGAAAUCAAGAAUCCAGUCUCGCUGGCUGGCAUCAGAAGCAAAAUAAUCGCUUGUAAAUACGAAAAUAUCAUGAAUCUGACAGAGGACAUCACAACCAUGUGUGAUAACGCAAUUCAUUUCAACACUAAAUCAAGUGUUAUCAGUAAAGAUGCGGUCAAUCUGAAAGAUUUUGUUAACUCUUUGGCACAAGCAUAUAUCAAGGAAGAAAGCGAGACAAUUCCAGAAAACAAACCAACAACUUCCACUUCGAAGGUGGGAGAAAAGAGGAAAGCGGGGGUUAUAUCCAGAAAGAAAGUCCCCUCCAAAGACGCUGAGACUUCUUCUCCGGCUGUCAAGAAAGAGAAAUCAGAUAAAGUUGUUCAGAAGUCACCGUUAAAAUGGGCCUCAGUUCUAAGUUCUGUGGUCACCCAUGCCGAAGAGAGUAGUAGUAUCGAGUAUCUCGUUUUCACGUGUUUCAAUGAUCUUAAAGACAAAGGCAGUGAGAUUCAACACGAAAUGGUCCGCAUUUACUCCUCUUUCCACAACAGAAUUGACAGCAUCGUUGACUUCGAAGACGUCCUCGAAACCACUGAAGAUUGCCGAAAUGUUUUGUUAAAAGUUGUUUGUGGCAUGUUGUCAAGAAUUGAUCAGCUGUGCCCGGAAUACUCAACAAUCGAGGAUGUUUUGCUUAGACUAGUUAAAGCAGACGCUGAUAGCAAGAAGUUAUUUAAAUGCAUGCCGACUUAUUUCUACGAAGGAAAGAAAUACUUCAUACAAGAAGAACUGAUGACACUGUUUCGCCACACUCCCUACAGUUCUAUUCUGACGCACAACACCAAUGUCACGAGAAUUACCAAACAGAAGAAAGAACUAAGACUAAAUGUGCCUUGUCUGGACGUGUUGUCCGAGGAUAUCGUGCUGGUUGAUUAUAACGACGUCUGGAGAACCCUUCAGACCCCGCUUUUAGAUCGACUUAAGAAACCGAACACCAUUAUCCAAGAGCCGGUGACACCGAAAGCAGGAACUGCAGCUGUCACUGCAGCAGAAUUAAUGAUUAAGAUGGAAACUGAACAAAUGAAAACGCCUAAGGCAGCGUCUCAACGGACACCAAAGUCAAAGACUCCAAAAGGGACGCCUCAAAUGUCCAAGACACCGAAAUCAGGACACAAGAAAUUAGCUGAGAUCAAAGCAGAAGUCAUAGAAGGGACCGUCGAGAUGAAACCAACGCCUAAAAAGGUAAUCGUGGGUAAAGCCAAAGCCAAAAAAAUAUUGAAUAUAUUAAAAAAUCACAAGGACUCGUCAGGGAUUAUAGCGUUUGAUGAUUUCUUCUCCAUACCGUCGAGUAAGUCAUACCACUCUGUUAUCAAGUACCCAAUGAGUCUGGAUGUGAUUGAGCAGGGUUUGGAGGCUGAUUCUAUCAACAGCGUGGAGUCUCUGGUCAGUUCAUGUCUUCUCAUCGUGCAAAAUGCAAGAUAUUACAACGAAGAGAAAUCGGAGCUCCACGAGCGAGCACUGAAGCUACAGAAACUGCUGCUAUCCCAGCUGACCACUGAGGACACUUCCGAGACUAUAGUUCUGGUUAACCGGGUCAUGUUGCAGAUUGUGGAUAAUUUGGGUAAAAACACUGACAUUGAGGAGUUGACAAGGUCGGAUGGAAACUCAAAGUUCGUCAAUAUGUCCUUUAGUCAGUUGCGUGAGAAUGUUCUUUGUGGAUACUACACGCGGUUUGACAGAUUCCAGGACGAGCUGCUUCACAUCAUUGUGUCUCACAUGAACUGUAACCAGUUCAAAGAGGCAGGAACAAAACUACUGAACAUCCUACACCGCUACUUGCAGAUAAGGGACAAGGUCGUCUCGAUCAAGUCAGCAUGUUUUGAUCUUACCAUGGAGAAAUUUCUGGAACAUUUCCAAGACAGGCUAGCCGUACAGAUCCCUCAUGCCCCGAUCACCUGUCUUACAUUCCAAAACACGAGCUACAUGGUGGGGGAUAAGGUCAGAGUUUCCUACUCGGACCUGGACAAAAUGAUCCUCCACAUUAACUCUGUUAACAGUCCUUGCUGGCUCGCUGGUACUGUUUACUUUGAAGAAGGAGACACACUCUUUAAGACAGACCUGAAGGACAUUGUACACGUGAAGUACGUGACUAACAAAGUUUCCAAACGGUUCCGGUACCUCAGCUACAACUACAGGACAAAAAUGACCUCUGACAUCAGUACAAACAAGUCAACCUAUUGCAAACAUUCCUUCACCUCCAUAUUUGCUCAUCUUGCUUCAUCGAGGUAUUCAACACAAACAGUAGUACACGGAACAAACGACCACAAGACAUAUUAUCUCCAAUUUGUUAGGGAUAACGGUGACAUCUUCAAAGUGGGAGACUUCGUGUACCUUAAAUCAGAAAACGAUCUCCCCUACAUUGCUAGAAUCGAUAAGAUUCACAAGGAUAAGAGUAAUCAUGUGUGGGUUUACGGUCCUUGGUUCAUCAGACCUUCUGACACAAAGUUCUACGACACGAAGGCCUUUUAUCCUAACGAGUGUCUGAUGAGUAGCAUAGCGGACAUGAACCAUAUCAACAGUGUGGAAGGGAGAUGUGACAUCUUGUCCAUCAAGGACUUUACAACAAGACAUCCACUCUGCUUCCUGGAGAAGGAUGUGUAUAUCUGCGAUAAUAAGUAUGACGAGUCUACCCACAAGUUCAGUAAACUCAGCGAAUCUAAACUCUAUCUCACAGAAUCAGUGGCCAACUUCGAGAAGAACGAGUGGUACAUCUACCAAACACCAAGGAGAAUAUUUAAAACCACUAAACCUUCCUUCUUAAAACCUGUUCAAGUUGAAAUGUUCAGCAGCUCUGAUGAAGAUAACUCCGAUUCGGAAGUUGAACUACCAGAACGCGGGAACGUGGCUCCGAAACCAUCCUCAGGAGGAGGAGGAACACCCACAGUACCCCGACACACUGCCCAGUACCAGCAGGGUUCAGCCCCUAGACUCAUUAGAGCUCCUGGAACUCAGAUAGCAAGGAACAGUCCGGAUGCUCGGAUUGUGGUGAACAAUGCUGUUGUUAUCAACAAUAAUGCUGCAAUCGCCGGCACCUCGAACCCACGCCACGGUAGUAACAUCCGUCCGAAAACUUCCAACACUCCCUCAAACGUCUACCAUUUCUCUCCGCUCGCAUCCUCUAAUAGUACUCUUCACUCUCGAAAUACGACAGAUUUCCCAGGAGCUCCGAAGAGAAUGUGUUGUCGCUGGGGCACGUGUACGGAAUCCUUCGCAAAUCACAAUGAAUUUUACAGUCACGUGAUUAACACGCAGACACACUUGAGUGAGAGAAAUAAUCCAGCUUGGAAAUGUUUCUGGGUGGGAUGUACUGAUAGAAAAGCCAAAGUAGAGGGCUGUAAUACACAGAUUCUAUUGAGGCGGCACCUCAUGUCUCACAUGUCUGAUUCCGGAUUCACUCUUCCGGCUCCAGCAAAACGGCCGAAGAUACUGCGACACAGCGAGGCGUACAAAACGUUCUUAAACAAACUCAUCAUUAAAAAACAGGUUGUGGACCAAGGAAACAUGGAGAUGCAUGUGUUGGAAGAUUAGUGUUCUCCGAAUCAGCGCCAAGCAUGAUGUAAACUAUCCUCUAAAGUUGCAUUUUAAUUGGAGAACAUUUGAAUAUUUAUAACCUACUCUCGCAUAUUUUACAUACUGUGGAUGUCAGGACUCUCUAGUCCAAAUGUAUGCUUAUGACUCACUGCUAUCAACUUGAUGAUUUUGAGGAAAUGUACAUGUACUUACAGCUUGUAUGACAUUUAUGUUUUCUUAAUUCAGGUAACCUGUAUUACUUUCCUUGAUAAUGAUAAUAACUGUUACAUUCUAUGAUAUUUCAGACUUAAAAUAUUUUAAUAACUCCAGUUAUAGAGUUAAUUAAUUGAAAUGAAUUGAAUUCUUUUGUAUUGGUUCGUCAACAAAGAUAAACACAGACUUUAUACAAAUUUUAAACUCCAAGUAUCAUUAAAAAAUAUACAAGCAUAUGUAAAAUAUUCAAAACAAAUAAAAA